AUGAUGAAACUCAUGCUUUUGGCUGUUCUGGCCCUUUCGGUCAACGCUCAGUAUGGUAUGCAAAACACCAAAUUCGCUGCACCGGCACCUCUGCCAAUGGCCGCCCCGGCACCAGUCAACACCUACUCCGCUCCCACCCAGACCUAUGCCGCUCCAGUCCAGACCUAUGCCGCUCCAGUCCAGACUUAUGCCGCUCCAGUCCAACAAUACACCGGACCCGUCGAGGCUGCCGUCCAUACCCGUCGUACCGUUGAGUUGAGACAAGUGCCCGUCCAACAAGACUACAUCCAACCCCAGAUCAUUGAAGUCAAUUCUGACAACAUGCCCGUCCAAAUCAACUUCCGAUCGUCCUCCAGCCCAGUCCAAGUCCAACAGACACACACUCCAUCCCAGGGAUCAACUGAACACUCGUCAUUCCAGGACCAACCACACCGUGUGGUCAACGAAAUCACUAAACCCAUCAUCCAAGAGGUCCGUGAGAUCAUCCAACCCUACCGACGAGUCACCCAAGAGAUCCGUCCAGUCAUUGAAGAGAUCCAUACCGUUGUCCACAAGGGUGAGCGAGUCGUCCAACGUGUGGCCCAACCCAUCCCAGUUGUUGCACAGCCACUGCCCCUUAAGACCGCCAGCUAUGGUAGCGGUGCCGGUCUUGCCGUCAAUGCUCAAUACAAAGCCGCCAAAGCAGCCAAAGCCGCAUAA